GUCCCCUCGGUAGAGAUAGAGGAGAGUAACCAACCAAGACACACGCACAGGGGGGGGGGGGGGGGGGGGGGGGAGAGAGAGGAGCUAUCCCAAAUCGAAACGAACGGCUUUGCAUUUGCUUUCUCGCCUUGGGAAUCGAAAAGUCCCAUCGAUCGAUCGCAUCGCAUCGCAUCGCAUCCCACUCCGUUCCGCCUCCUCCUCCCCCUCCCCCUCCUGCUGCUCUCUGGAAUCCCUCUACUUCGAGUUCGAGUGGUGGCUUCCAGUCCCAGACAGACGGAGGGGGUUUCGAUUCGAUCGAGCGGGACGGGAGGAUCGGCGCCGGAGCCGGAGGAGGGAGAGAGGAAGAUAGGGAGCGCACCAUCUUAUCUCGAGUUUUCCGAGAAAUGCCGUGUGCACUUGAAGUAAUUGACACAAGGGUACAGAGCACACCACAUAUUCAGUGCAACAGAUCUUUCGACCAAAGACACUUUUCGAAGGGUCCUCUGAUACGAAAACCUGUUUCUGUUCAUCCAGGGAACAGGGACACUGCAUCAACAAUACUUCCACUUGGGCAUGAUUCAGAUUGGAAACCGGCACCAUUUUUUUCUGGCAUUCAAGAGGCCAACAAAGUAAUCUCUUUGACACCAGGAGAUCUAGGUACAGAGGGCCUUGAGUUAUUAUCUGCACAGCCAAUACUACCAUGUUGCUUGGGCCAGCUGAAUGAAAGAAACAUGCAUGAUCAGGCAGAUUCUUCUAAACCAAUUUCCAAUGGAAACCCACACAGAGGAGGCACCUUAAGUCAAUCUCGACAAAGGAAAACCAUCUGCAAUUCAUCGGUAGCAGUCCCCCCCUGCCAUGUGGUUGAAAAGAAGUUCUCACAGCCUGUCACUACUAUUCUGAGGUCUGAUUCUGAUAUUUUGCAUGAUGAUGACAAACCUUCAAAAAGGAGUACUAGAAAGAAAGGAAACAAGAAAGGGAAGCAGCACGGGCGAACGACCCGUAAAAAGCUGAAUUUGGCAUCAGAAAGCACUUUUGAAGAGAAUACUUACGGUGUUUCUCCUACGGAGGUACUUCCGUCCAAUUUACUUGUUGAUAAAUUGUCAGAGAUUACAUCCUCUGGUAGCCUUUUGGUUAAAAAAGCCCAUUUGGGUGGUGAGAACAACAAUGACUCUGUGAAAUGUGGUACUAUGUUGAAUUUAUCUUCACUAGGAACUGAUGAGAUGGAUGGUUCUGAAUGUGCUGGUUCAUCUAAUGAUGCUACAGGAGGGAGAUUAAGCUGCACUUGUGUUCCUUACUUGAACGAUGAAUCAAAUACUACUGAUUCUUCAGACUUCGACGGAUCCACUUUCGCUGAACAUGGCUUGGGGGAAGAAAGCAAAAGCUGCCAGAAGUUUCCAUGUGCCUAUGUUUAUAACCCCGAUUAUGGCACUACAGAUUCCUUCUUUAGCAAGUGGAGCAAUGACAAUAGUGGGAACUACAGUGUCAAUGUUGACGCCAGGUUAACUAAGAAUGGUGAAAAUAGUCAUGAUCAUUCUCAACCGGUGGCUUCCACAGGGCUGAAUGAUGUGAGUAAGUGCCAGUUGAUAAGGCCACAUCUUACUGCUGCUCAUGCUGAAGGUACCAACUAUCAUUUAGAGAGCAGAUCUUGUUCGUCUAAGGAUGUUACUGAUAGUUGGAGUCAUACUGAAAGAGUUCAGUGCAGCAGUGAGGCCUGCAGCAGUAAGGACUCUCUUAAAAUUUGUUCAGUGAGCAGCAACAGAAGAUCAAGAAAAACAACGAGUUACAGUGAUCUAACUGUGUCUAACAGAGUAAUGAGUGCUAAUAGGAACAAGAAUAAUGGAAAAGAUAGUUUGGCUGUGUGGCAGAGAGUGGAAAGAAAUGACAAGGUCAUAUCUAAAGCAGGACAUUCAAGUAAUUCAUCUAUUCAGGAAAAGAGUGCACACGAGGACAGUAACAAGGGUGUACAGGAAGAUCCAACAAGAAAUCGGGCGAAACAUAAUCAGAAUAGGAAAGCAUGCAAACAUGAGUCCCCAAAUGGGACAGUUGAACUGGAGUCUACUAAAGAAGAAGAUGCAUUGGGCUCAUGCCAAACAUUUUUCCCCAUCUACAAGAAGCAAGCGCCCUUCCCACACCAGCAAAGCUCUUCUUCGAAACAAGGUUCUCAGUCAUUGAAAAACUACUAUGCUCCUAGGAACAAUAUCCCCAAGGUGCCAAAGGAUUCCUUGCAGCAAGAAGAAUUGUCUACGCUGCAGCUAGUUCAUGCCAAUGACAUUGGUGGUAGAUCAACCUCAAAUUCUUGGUCAACUGACAAAGUUGUUCAAACUGGAGAUAGCAGCAACUAUCCAACUGAGGGAAAUGAGAGUUCACAAUCUAGUAUUGAUGUAGCUGCAUCAGUAUCUUCGAACUUGUUUCCAGAUUUGACGCUACGAGCUGCUUCUGAUGGUGCCCACAUAUCAGAUCCUUACUCUUUAUGUCCUCAAGACAAGGGCACAUACACUAGUUGGAGCUCCAAGAACUCGUGUACAGAUAAUUGCACUGCAGAAACUGAGGAAGCUCGAUGUGUGAAGCUAACAACAGAGAAUAAUUCUCAAGAAUCCUGUAAGUGUUAUUCUGCUGGUGGACACCUGUCACAGAAAUGGGUUCCUGUUGGAAAGAAAGAAGCGUCUAAUGUGAUCCAUUUAGAUAUCUCAGAGGCUUCUGUUGUCAAAGGUAUAGUUCCAGCUAAUUAUAUUUCCGAUUCAGUUGGUCCUGUAUCAACGGAUGGUGAAGAUAGCAAAUUAGCUAGUGAAAUGACAUCUAAACUGAGCUCAUCUGAAUGCACCGAUUUGAAAAGUCAAGCACAUGAUGGAAUCGAGACUGGUUACAACAAGAUAAAAGAAGCCAUCAGUUAUGUUUUCACAGCACAGCGACGAUCAGAAGACAUCCAACUUCGCAUUGGUAGGCCUCUUGCAGAUUUUGAACUUUUUGUUAGCUCUGCUUCUCCAGUUGUGCACUGUAACCCUUGCCCUGCUGGCUGUAAAUCUUACUUGCAAGAAUGUGUGGGGGAUGGUUUAUGUUUCCAUCAGACUGCAGAAAUCACUCUAAGAACUGUGUGGAGGUGGUACGAAGAACCUGGCUGCUAUGGUUUGGAAGUAAAGGCACAGGACUUCCGUAGAUCAAAAGGCUUGGGGAAUAGCCAUUGCCAGGUUACUACCUAUUUCGUGCCAUAUCUAUCUGCCAUUCAACUUUUCAAAAAGACUAAAGGAACCAGUGGUGGAAGCAUUGUUAAGAAAACAAUGGAUGGGGAUAUGACAUGUGAAACAUCUCCGCAUCAGAACCUGCCACCUAUCUUUGCAAAGCUUCUGCCACAACAAUCUAAUCCAAGGAACAGAUCAUCUACCUUUCACACUGAAGAUGAUCAACAGUUAGUCAAUGGCGAGCUCAUGUUUGAAUUUUUUGAAUCCGAACAACCAUACUCGCGGCGACAGUUGUUUGAAAAGGUAAAUGAGCUGAUUGCUGGUGCGAAACCUGUGAAUUGCCAAAUUUUUGGAGACCCGAAGAGUUUGGAGCUGAGCCUGCGUGAUCUCCAUCCAGCCUCUUGGUAUUGUGUUGCAUGGUAUCCCAUAUACCGUAUACCAGAUGGUAAAUUGCAGGCUGCAUUCUUGACAUAUCAUUCUCUUGGGCACUGGAUUGGUCGGAGUAGCUCAGCAGAUGGGGCUGUUAUUUUGCCUGUCAUAGGCCUGCAGUCUUACAAUGACAAGGCGGAGCAGUGGUUUGAGAUGAGCAAACCCGAUCCAGAAGCUAGUGUGCCAGCAGAGGAUGGACAGUGUAGUGAAGCGCCCCAGGUUCUGAAGCAGAGGGUGCGAGCUCUGAAUGAUGCUGCAGCGGCGAUGUCCAGGGCCAACGUGGCCAAGAGUGGGCAGAUGACUAGAAACAGGCACCCAGAUUACGAGUUCUUCAUCUCACGCUACCGAUAGCUUCUUCCUGAAGCAGCGGCUGGAGCUGUGCACGUUGCAGAUCUAGCUCUGGGAACUAGGCGAACUACAGUACUCUUUAUCUGUAUGUAUAUUAGCAGGGAUCUGUGGAAGAUAGCAGAGGGAGUGAGUUUUGUCGGAUUUAGGGUGAUGUGUACAUAUGAAAACAACCACCACUGCAGUUAGUGUUGACUGUUAGUAUAUGCCACCUCGUGACUUUGUUAAGUAUAUGCUACAACUGCAAGUGAUGAUGGACGAUCAGGAAGCACAAUGCAGAUGAUCAUGAAUGAGGAGAAAGUCUGGUGUUUAUUUAUCA